GCCACUCCAGCAGCCCCAGCACGUACGGCCCGGCAGGCUUCGCCCCCAGCAGCGCCCGCUGAAAUACGGAGGCCCCGCUACAGGGAACAGCCGUGUCUGCCCCUCCAGGGCCCCUCGGGGGGCUGCUGAGGAGCUCCCACCCGGAGACAGUGGCUGGUAAUGAGCACCAACAUUCUCCACUUGGCUCUGUAGCUGCAAGGAAUGGCUAUGGAAGAACCUGAUAAGAAGACUGAAGUAGUACUGCUGGCCUGUGGGUCCUUCAAUCCCAUUACCAACAUGCAUCUAAGGCUAUUUGAGCUGGCUAAAGACUACUUCGAUGAAACAGGAAAAUACAAAGUAGUCAAAGGAAUAAUUUCACCAGUAGGCGAUGCAUAUAAGAAGAAAGGUCUGAUCAGUGCAUAUCACCGAGUAACUAUGGCAAAACUAGCUACAAAAAACUCAGAUUGGGUAGAAGUUGAUGACUGGGAAAGCAGCCAGAGUGAGUGGUUGGAAACACUAAAAGUUUUAAGGUACCAUCAUCAAAAGCUUUUAUCCCCUGAUCCCACCAACAGUCUGCAGAAUGCUAUACCUUUAACAAAGCCAGGACGGAAGAGGAAGCAGGAACCAAAUAGGCAUGACCCCAUUAAAAAGAAAAAUCAGAGUCCAGAUGUAAAAAGUGUCCCACAGGUUAAACUGCUUUGUGGAAGUGACAUGCUGGAAUCAUUUGGGAUCCCCAAUCUGUGGAAGCUGGAGGACAUCACUGAAAUUGUGGAAAAUCAUGGCCUUGUAUGCAUAAGUAGGGCUGGAAACAGCGUUCAGAAAUUCAUCUAUGAAUCUGAUAUUUUGUGGAAACAUAAGAACAACAUUCACCUUGUGGAAGAAUGGAUCACAAAUGACAUUUCAUCCACCAAGAUUAGAAGAGCACUGCGGAGGGGCCACAGCAUUCGUUACCUGGUACCUGAUGUAGUUCAAGCAUACAUAGAAAAAAACAAUCUGUAUAGUCUAGAGAGUGAAGACAGGAAUGCUGGGGUUAUCUUGGCUCCCUUACAGAAACAUGCAAGUGAUUCCAAGAACUAAGAGGCACUAUACAACUCACUUUCAGCUGUGAAAAAAAGCUAGUUCAGUACCAGAAAAUGUCAAGUUUAGGGAUUGGGGGUUCUGUUUGUCUUUUUUUAAAGUAGAUAGUGGGCUAAUUCUGUGGCUUUAGUACAUACCUAAUUGCUGUUGAGGUUUGCACUUAAUAAUUGGACCUACACAGUCUUUUUUUAAACUCAAUAAGAUUUUCACAUUUAAACAUUUUGUCACAGUGCAGUGAACUAAGUAUAAGAAUUCACACUUGCAUAUGAGAAUUACAAAUUAACAAACAAAAGGGUUCUGAUUAGUUUUCACUCAGACUGCUCUGCUAUUUAUAAAAUACUAACACAAAUAUUUUUACUUGCAGUGUCUUAACAAAGUAAUUUAAUUUCAAAAUGUACCACUUACUGAUAGUAAGCCUAUAUAACUUUUUUUUUAUUUGCCAACAUGUUGUGCACCUCAGAGAAAUUAUUUAGCUCUGUCCUAGAAGGGAAAAAUUUAUUCCUAAGUGAAGUGGUGGUAGAUAUACCAUGCUUUGAGCCCCCUGCCUUUCAAAUAUGCAGCCUGUUUGUCUGCCAUCAUGCAAUUUGCUCCCAGAAAUGCCUUGUGCUUUACUUUGCAAGUCAUGUUUCCAGAACUGUACAUUAAGCUCAGCGCUGUUUCACGUGGAAGGACAGACCUACUUCAGAAAACUGGUUUAGAGCCAUUGAUUUAAUGGAUAUAAAUUAAUAGUAUCAUUGCACUGAUUCUCAGACAGUUGUCCCUUUAUUUCAAGUGAUGAAUGAGCUUUUACUUCUGAGCCAAAAAAAUAUUUCACACAAAUGUGUAUAGCAGAAUUGUUUUCUGUAACUGGAGUUGAGAAGAAAUGGUAGGAUAUUAAGACUGUACAUCAGUGAAAUGUUUUCCAUUGCUAGAAACUUGGGUUUCAGUCUAAUGGUAUAUUGUCUGUAUUAUCUGAAUAUAAACUAGAGGCACUGUGAAUGUCAUGAGAUAGAACUCUACCUCCCUAUAUUUGCCGUCAUCCUAUUUUUGUCUGGAUCACAUGCCUUAUUAAAAAUGUCAGUGUUUCCAAGAUGCUA